GUUUUCUAUUGGUUAGUUUUGCAUGUAUGGUGAUGAAGUUGAGGAGUGAAAAUUGUAUACAUUAUGGCAGAAUCAAAUUCUGAAGGUUGGAAAAGUUUUAAUUCUAAUGAUAGUGGAAUGGAGGCUGAUUUUAAAAUUGACGGACAGGAUUACUUCAACGACAAUGACUUGGGAUUAUCAGUUUCAGGACUUGACGACAUAAUGUCAAACUAUGAGUCAGAGCUGCUGUUCUCGAAAGACGAAACCCUAUUUCAAGAUGAUUAUCUCUUGGAAAACUCUAUGCCGUUAGAUAAAGAAUACUAUGACUAUGAUUUUUUGAGUUUGCCAAACACCAUAAGAAAUGCAACGCAGCCGGAUUCAAUUCCUCGGAAGUCGCUGGAAGAGCCUUUUCCAGUGGGACUGGCGCCCCAGAAUACCACUUCAAAUCAUAUGAGCAAAAAUUUGCAGCUAGCUUCGGGCACAUCCACACCAGUGUUGAGCGUGCAACCGUCGACGACUGUACCGCUCAUCCAUCAGACCGUCCCUGACCGCCCCACACUACAGUCCUCCUCUGCCCCAACCCCCUCACUAAUCCAUCAGACCGUCCCUGAUACCCCCACUUCCACCCCUACCGUAGUGCUGCCUCCCGGUUUCAUUUUCCCUGCCUCAUCAUACCAGAGCCAACCGCUGCAGAUCAUUCAGACCAGCAAUGUGGUGACUGCGCAUGCGCCGCACGGACAGCUGGUGACUGCACAUGCGCCGCAAGGACAGCUGGUGACUGCGCAUGCGCCGAGCGGACAACAGGCGGUGUAUGCUGGUGCUACGCUGCAGCCAAAGCGGAAAGCGGGUAGCAAACGAGCAAGCCAACCGUACAUCACUGUUGGACAGAUUCAUGUGCCGUCUGAUCAGAUGAAACAGGUUCUCCUGCAAGCUCAGUUGAUGAAUUCUGACAAGAGUCCGGUUAAACAGCCGACAGUUAUGUACGCCACUACUGCGCCACAGCUCCCCAAUUUCCUGCCUUCUUCAACCACAACCGACAAAAUGAUUUCCCAAGAGAAAGGAUUCGCCACUUUGAAUAAUACGCUACUUACUACAGGCAUACCUUUGGUUCUGGACCCAGACAAGAUAGCAAUAAAAGAUUUCCAUGCUAAGCAAGAAAAAAAGCCAAAAAAGAGUUCCCAUAAUGCCAUUGAACGACGUUACAGAACUAGCAUCAAUGAUAAAAUCAUUGAACUCAAGGAUAUCGUUUGUGGACCAACAGCAAAAUUGAACAAAUCAGCGAUCCUGAAGAAAGCGAUCGACUACAUCUGUUUCCUGAAGUCUUCAAACGAGAAGCUGCGGGAGGAAAACAUGUCGCUGAAAAUGAACGCCAAACGCCAGUCGCUGCGUGACCUGUUGGCACCGUACUCUGUUGCGCAUGCGCACCACAAGGAGGAGGCAAUCAGUGUAGGCGCCAUCACUCCGCCGCGGUCGGAUCCCUCCUCGUCGCCUCCUCACACCGACAGCUCGCAGCCCGCGUCGCCUGAGGAGUCGCUCUAUCUCUCACAAGAGAUGAAGGAAGAACCAGAAGGCGCCCUGAAAGGAAUGCUGGACCACACGAGGAUGACGCUGUGCAUGUUCAUGUUGUCAGUGAUUGUUUUCAAUCCGCUGGGUAAAGUGGUGGACAGACUGCAGAGCAGUAGUUCCAUGUUUGAUGAUGGAUUCGCUUCGUCUAGUGGCGCAGGACGCACUAUUUUGAAUUUCACCGGUGACGAGAAUAACUUAUGGGGCUGGACUUUUGGCUCAUCUCUCAUGAUGUGGCUUGUCAACUCGUUAAUUCUGGCCGUGUGUCUGAUAAAGAUGCUCGUCUAUGGCGAUCCAGUCUUGAGCAGUGACUCGAAAGCAUCGGUGGCAUUCUGGAGACAUAGGAAGCAAGCUGAUUUCGACAUUAAAAAGGGUGACAUUGGAGCGGGAAAGCGGGAACUCUCCGAUUGUUUGAAUAUUUUCUCAAGUACUUUGCCUGUGACCCGGACAGAACUGGUUAUAUCAACGCUGUGGCAAGUUUUGCGUCAAUUCCUGCAUAGAAUAUGGAUCGGGAGAUGGCUGUCUUCGAGGUAUAUCGGCGGAUUUUUCGCCAGCCAACACACGCGGAAAGAAGCAGUGACGUCGGCAAAGGAGCUGGCAAUGAUCUACCACCGACUGCACCAACUCCACCUGGUGGACGGCGCACAAACCAGCGGCGGUCUCAUGCUGGCACUCAGUGCUGCCAACCUGGCCGAAGUUGCCGCCGUCACUGACAAGCAGUUGGCACACCUGUAUGUAGCCGUCGCCCUACAGAUCAAGCAGUCCUUCCCGCAGUUCCUACAGUUCUUCUGCCGAGUGUACUUGUCUCUGGCUAGAAAAGCAUACAGCCGUCAGCCAUGUCCCAAACUGCAAUGGUUGCUCACACCUUAUGGUCACCGCUUCUUUCUGUCACAUCGGUGGGUCUACGAUGCAUCCAGUCCCGAGAUAUUCACUCGGCUAACAGACAACUCCGAUCCUCUGGCUUACGUUAGCAGGGUGUACCGUGAACAUCUGCUAGAGAAAGCACUUCAAACACUUGUGGCUCCAGGAGCUCAGCUAACGACAGCCAAUGAUGAUGAACCAGUGAGACGCACUCAAACACCUGAUGUCCUCACCUAUGUCCAACUGCUAAUUGACAAUGCUACAAGUGCUGACAGCAGGAACAAUGCUUACUGCGAGGACGAAACGGCCCGCUGGUGGUCAGCCGUCAUCGGCGUGGCCGCCCAUUGGCUGCUGGGCGACGACGCAUCAGCCGAACGCAUGUAUGCGCGUGUGGACGCACUGCCGCCACACACGGACGCACGAGCAACAUCCGCGCCGCACACGCUGGCACGCGCCGUGCAAGCCGCGUUCCGCGUGAAGCGUGCCGUUGUCAGCCAGCGGCGGAUACAGCGCAACGUGGUCUUCAAACUGUGUGACGCCGCUUCUGAGCUGCUGCAUAGCAGUUUGUCGCUCAACAACUGCCACAAGCCUCAUGCCAAGGUCUUGGUGAGUGUUAUUUAUUUACAACAUUCAGAAAUAUACAACUUGAAGAGAAGUACCACAGGUUGCGGUACAUGUACGAUUUCGACCAAGGACACAGAAAUGCGUUCGGUGGGAGCUUUUGACAGUUCAGGUAUCGGUCGCCAUCUUGGAACAGAGUGGAGUGGUGCAUGCUCCCUUGCACCGCGUACAUGCUCACUUGCACCGCUCGAAAAGUAUGUUCCACAAAACCGGUACCAGGAUAAACGCUUCUCGGCCCUGGCCCGUGUGUUCCUGUACGAGGCGACGGCUCGGCUGAUGGCUGGCGCGGCUCCCGGUCGCACAAGGCAACUGCUCGACAGGUGUCUGCGACAUCGCUCCAGUCGCACCUCCAUCAUCUGUGGCGGCAAAGACAAAUCGCAGCAAGACUGCGGCGGGGACCGUGAACACGCAACUGCGCUGUACAUGGCAUGUCGCCACCUGCCCACACCUGUGCUCUGCUUCCCUGGCGAACACUCGGGCAUGCUUGCUGAGGCCGCCAAGACCCUCGAACGGAUUGGGGAUCGCAAGCGACUGCAGGAGUGCUAUCGGCUCAUGAAAUCACUCGGAGCUACAGCUACUAACUGAGUUCGAAUUUAUCUGUGCCUGUCUUGAAGAGUUGGUUCCAUCAGCACCUGAAGGAUCUAUUAAUAUUAAUAUGCUCCAGGAGUGCUGUAGGCUCAUGAAAUCGCUAGGAGAUAAAGCUUCUGAGUUCUAAUUUAUCUGUGCCUGUCCUUAGUAGUUCGUAAUAUCAGCACAAGGAUCCAUUGUUAGUUAUUAAAAUUCUCCAAGACAGAUAAAACUUAUACAAG